AUGGCCUCCACCGGAUGCUUCCUGCACUACCACCAUGCACUCAUCACCACCGCCACCAGAUCAUCAUCGCAACGCCUAAACGCCAAGCCAAAUCAACUCCUGGUUUGCAGUGAUUCUCUGAAACAGGCGGAUCAUGAUGAUUCAGGACGCAACGCUGUGAAUAUCUCCCGUAGGUUGGCUCUCACCCUGCUAAUUGGUACCGCAGCUGUUGGCUCUAAGGUUUCUCCUGCUGAUGCUGCCUAUGGUGAACCUUCAAAUGUAUUUGGCAAGCCUAAAACAAACACAGAGUUCAUACCAUACAAUGGACAAGGGUUCAAGCUGUCAAUACCAUCGAAAUGGAACCCGAGCAAAGAGGUUGAGUGCCCUGGUCAAGUCCUGAGAUACGAGGACAACUUCGACUCCCCCACCAAUGUUGCUAUCAUGGUCACCCCAACUGAUAAGAAGUCCAUAACCGACUUCGGCUCCCCUGAACAAUUCCUUUCCAAGACCUUUUACCUCUGA